AUGACAAGUUCAGAAUUUCAAGAUAAUAGUUCAACUACUAUUGAUGAUGCGAGUAUCAAUAGCGACAAAGUGAAUAGAUAUGAAGGUGAUGAUGCAAAACCAAACUCACUCAGAAGCAGAAGUAACAGUAGAAGCGAAGACAAGGAAAGCUUGGAAAGGUUAAUUACUAAUAACAGAGGUGUGGAAAGAAUUGUCACAGAAUUAGAAGAAGGUGCAGGUAAAUUAGGUGAUUUAGAAGAGCCUUACGAUAUAAAAAAAAUAGAGACCCACCCAGAUCCUAACUCCACUCUCAAUGAGCAGGAUCCAUGGAAAUAUCCUGUUGACCAAGAAACUGGCAUAAGAUUAGUGACAUUUGUGCCCGGUGAUGAGAAAAACCCAAUGAACAAAACAAAAACUAUGAAAUGGAUUUACACAGCAGUUUUAGGUUCAAUUUGUUUCGUUGUUGCUUUAGGUUCUGCUAUUGUCACAGGUGAUAUUGGUGGCCCAGUAGAAUACUUUCAGGUUAGUGAAGAAGUUGUUAUUUUAGCUUCGGUUACCAUGUUUGUUCUUGGUUUUGGAUUUGGACCAUGUGUAUUUGCACCUGUUUCAGAAGAAAUUGGUAGACAGCCAGUUUACGUCGUGACAUUAUUCUUAGGAGUUAUAUUUAUUAUUCCUU